GAAAUAUUUUGAUUAAACUUGAAUUAUGAAAAUAAACCGAAUCUAAAGCAACGCAAAAUCAACCGAAUAUCAUUAAACCAAACUGGAUAAGACAACCCUUAUUUAACCGAAAUCAAACCAACGAUUCCUUUAUUGGCAAUUCUACCCUUCUCUGUUGUUUUUUAUCUUCGGAAAGUCUCAUUUCUCGAUCCCCAAUUCGUGGAUUAGGGUUAAAAGAACCAUUUUUAUUCUCGUCGCGCAACAACAAAUCCAGAUCGAAAAAGGAAGAAGAGAUCGAAAUGGCGUUGAGAAGGGUUUACAGUGAAAUCAGAGGGAAGAAGGUGACGGAGCUUCCAGGCUAUAUCAAAUCGACUUUUUCAAUGGAGACCGUGAAGACCUCUGUGAAGAGAGGACUCGAUAACUACAACGAAAAAUACAUUCAGACCAGCUCCGUUGAUCCUAUCCUUCAUAUCUGCUUCUACGGCAUGGCUUUCUCUUACCUUGUCGCUCUCCCUAAUGAGCGUCGCCAUCUUGAGCAUCAGCAGCAUGCUAAGGAGCACGGUGGUCAUUGAUCUCGUGGGAAUCGUUUCGAUCUCGAGAUGAUUUUAGGGGGGUUGCUGUGAAAUCUUUCUCUGCUUGAUGGUGACGACGACUCAAGAAUUGUGUCUUAUUGUUUCGUUUUCUUGAAUUUUCCUGGAUAAUGUUGACCUAAAGGAAAACCUUUCUUUCGAAUUACACUCCAUGAUAGUCAAUAAUUGAAGCAUCAUGAUGAUAUCCAUGAAUAAUGAAACUUUUUUUUUGUUCCGUGAAGUUGUGAAUUCAGCAAUUGUUUUAUCAUAUUUGAUCGAUUCAAUGCUUGGUUCCAGCUGAAGAUGAUGCAUACUUAAAUACAACUAUCUAAAAAAACUGAACCGUUCGAACAUUAUUUUCGAUGUA